AUGAAAGGUCUUUAUCCAAAAGUAUUAGAGAAGUUAUUUAUUAGAAAAAAUUCUCUAAAAAGACGUCUUAGUUUAUUAAAUAAUAGAAAAGAAGAAUUAGAAAAGGAGAUUAAUUUGGCAGAAGCAAGGGGUGAGAAUAUUACAGAUACUUUAAAAUCUAAAUACUCUUCAGUUUUCUUUAUUGUCGCCUGUCUAGACGCGAAACAACUCACUUUAAAAGUCAGGUGGGGUAACAUCAGCUGGUCAAUAGAAUAUCAAGCUUAUUGUGCUGACCUCAUCAGAAGUAUAAGGUUCAGUGUAAAAUACGGGAAUACAGAUUCCUUAUAUCUUGUCUGUUUAGAAGAGUGCUUUCAGAAAUGUGAUGAGGCAUAUGACAAUGAUAAUGAGAUUUUGAAAGAAGAAUAUUAG